UAAACUGAGUCAAAAAUAUGAGGAUGAACUCUGUGAAAACAUGGUGGCUAUGAACAGUGUGCUAAUGGAUAAUAGAAUUCCCGAAAAUGUGGAUUUACCCAAAUUUGAGAGCUUGGAACAAUUAAUCGAACAUGAUUUAAACGGUUUGACGCCGUUCCCGGACAACCCGCACGCCUCCAUGAGCCAGCUGGAUGCGUACCCCGGGGAGCGGACCCUGGGGGCCGUCCACACCGAACACCAGGAUCUCGUGCACACCGGAAGCCCCAACUUCCUUUGCACGAAACUUCCGACACACUGGCGCUCAAACAAGACGCUACCCGUGCCGUUUAAAGUAAUGGCCGUUGGUGACAUUAAAGAUGGAACAAAAGUGACAAUUACUUGUGGAAAUGAUGAAAACUACUUUGGAGAAAUUCGAAACACAACGGCUUAUAUGAAGAACAAAGUGGCUAAAUUCAACGAUCUAAGAUUCGUCGGACGAAGCGGCAGAGGGAAGAGUUUCACUCUGUGUAUUCUGGUGGCCACCAACCCUCCCCAGAUCACCACCUACUCCAAGGCCAUCAAGGUCACAGUGGACGGACCCCGGGAAGCACGCAGUAAGACCAAACUGCGAACUGAUGACAGACGAAUUAUCCACCGCGGACCCCUCGAUCUUCCGAUGGACAGGCCGUUGACAGAUCCGAUAUGCGACAGCCGCCGCCUGCCAAGCCACCUGCUAGAGCUCGACCACCUCCGCCGCUCAACACAGGGCACCGACACUUCCGGCCGCCGCAUUCUGCAUCCGUCCUCCGACACGAACGGAUUCCACACUACAGAUAAUCGGCGCAGUCCAUGGGGCAGUUUCGACUCCCUACCUCCCUACACGAAAGAGGGCAUAUUUCCAUCGAGCGGCAGCCCCGGCGCCUUCUCGCAGCCACAGACUGUCACAAAUAUAGGUCAAAGAAUGUCUCCUCCGGACAUGGACGUUCAUAUGUCGGAGCCGCGCUUCAGCAAUUUGUCGGGCAUCUCGGAGAUGCAAGUGCCUGUGACGUCACACGAGCAGGACCGCCCACUUCCGAUACUCCCCGAGGCGCACCGCCUAGAGUUCUCGGCCCUGGAGCCGCGCUACUCGGAACGAUCUAGUCUCCCUAUGAUGCUGCCCACGCGCAUUCAGACGUCUGCACCGGACAUCCGGUUUAGCGACAGACUGACGGAACAUCGUUUUUCGGAGCAGCGUUCUAUAAACCCCACGUCGUUGUCGUCAAUGACAUUUGCGACAACCGGUUCUAAUCUCGCAAUUCUUGAAGAGAGCCGCGCAGUCUCCACAUUAGCGGGACCAGGCGGACACCAAAACACAUACCAAAUGUUGCCCUCAGACUUGUUCAACUCGAUGGCACCCCAGUCCUCAUUCUCCUCCUCCUUCACACUCCCAUCGACGCCGCAACUUCCGAUCGGACUCAUGUCCGGAUACCCGCACCUUUCGGCGCCUAUGCAGAAUCUUCAGAGCAGCAUUUGCCCGACUGGCGAGGUCCGCACCUAUGAGAUCUUGGGUCAGGGGGUAAAGGCGGAGAUGAUGGAACAUCGCAAUAUGAACAUUCCACAAUCGCUGCGUCAGGACCGUACGCUCAUGUCACCCAAUCUUCGUCUCCUUGACAACCAGAUAUUAUCGCGAGACAACGAACGAGAAAUGCAAACGAACCAAUCGCCACAGCAUUCGGAUUCCUCGGUCGGAGGCCACUCCCCGCCUCGUCUUGGGCGUAACAAUGGCGACGGAAAUGUGUGGCGGCCAUAUUGAAUUCCAAAUAUUUAUAAACCGACGAUGGUUUUUGACUGUUUUGUUUGAAAAAUCCAAGGGCGUAGAAAAUCAGCAUUUGAGUGUUAACUGGGAUACGUUCCAGGUGAAAUGCACGUGUAAGUUGAUCCUGAAUACGUUCCAGGUGAUUUGCACGUGUAAGUUGAUCGUGAUAAAACGAACCAAAGAAUUGUUAGUUGUUGUAGUUCACCUCUGUGCGUUGUUUUGAGUUUGUCUUAUGAAUUUUUACAUUUUGAGCGAUAUUGUAUUGUAGAUUCAGUUUAUUUCUAUGUUUCAGUAGAGACAUGUACAUUGAAAUUCCAUGCCAGAAGUCAUAAUUCUACGUCUGUCGUAUAUAUUUGAAUUUGAAGAUAGAUAUUAUCAUGUUUUUUUCACUACUCAAUCUGCCAUUAUUUAAGCCAUUUGAAUGUUCAAAAGAAAGAAGGAGAUGAUGGACUCCAUUUUUGAAACACUUUUUUAGUGUAUUUGUUGUAUUUAUGUGAAAUACUACAUGUAUAUUGAUAAGAUUAUUUUAUUAUCAACGAAAUGUCACUGAUACAUGGUGCUAGUGAGUGGACAUUUAUUUAUAUUUUUACAAAUGAAUAUUUUUGUACAUAAAUUCAACAUUGCUCUUUUGAACAAUAUUAUCAUGCGAGCAUGCUCAUUUGCUCAUUUGGAAAAUUCCUUCACUCUUGGAGUGACAUUUGUCAUAUUUUGGUCAUCAAGGGCUGUAACUCUUGACCCUGUAAAUUUGGAAUAUGCUUUGGAAUUUGUUGCUACAAUUUUUGCUUAUUUGGAAAACAGAUUAAAUAUUCAUCCCAUUUUCACUGAAAAUUACAUCAUAUUUAUAAAGUGUAUAAAACUUACAUUACUGUAUGUGCAUUCUCGUUAAAUAAAUUACACAAGUUUACAUAUUUAUUUUAGCCGCCGGCAACAAAUAUAUAUAUAUUCAUGCUCGUUUCCCCCCAUUUUGUACAUGUUUUUGUGCGAAAAUACACAUAGACUUCUCUUUAUGUGUGUCAAACUGUGCACCAUCAGCGUUUGUAGAUUGUGCAAUACAUUACAUAUGUUUAAAACAUCACACGUUUAUAUCAAACUACUAAAUUUAAAUUCACGAAACAUUGCUAUCACUUUUUUGGUACAGUUCAAAUUUAUAUGUGAUCUCCAGCGCUUUUAAAAUCAUGUGACAUGCAUUUUAAGCCAUUUUCAUCAUUGAAAUUUGAACAAAGUUUAUAAAUACAUUUCAUGUGUAUGAAUGUUAGCUUUUUUCUUGAUGUUAUGAAACGGUAGCUUUUGUGGAAAUGUUUUAUCGCAGAGUAUGUUUUUGUCAACUGAUCUUAUAAAAAUAAAAACAUAGAUGUAAAAA